AUGAAUGUCAAUAACGGAGCGGGAAAAUCGACGACGGCCUCGGUGUACCGAUUGAUACAGAGUCCGGCUCCGAUAUGCAUGUUCUACUUCGCGCACCCGUUUGGCAUUGCUUCACCGGCGAGUGGUGCCAAACUGGCCCAGAUUCGGGAUCGGGCAACCACCAAGGGCAAGGACGCUGCACCGGUGAAGGUACAGCCGGAGCGUACCGGUCAUAAGGCAUCGAACAAAAAGGAAAAUCAUCGACGCAGCAAAGAACAAUCGAGCAGAGCGCAUCGGAAGCAGAAUGGUCACGAGUGUGGCCGGCAGCCGACAAAUGGUACGGUGCCAGAAUCCAAACACCACCAGCAGCAGCAGCAGCAGCAUCACGAUCCAUCGAGGGCGACCAAGCAUGGCCGGAAACAUCGAAAGCAUCGGCGGAUUAGUAAUUUCGAAAAGUUUUUGCUCGAAAUACAACAGAACCGGCACACGUGUGGUGCCGGUGGUGGUGGUGGUGAAGGGCCGACGAUACGACGGAUCGAUCAGGAGGAUCGCAUCACACCGCUAGUACCGUGGCCGAGCAUCAUCUGGAACCGAGAUUUUCUCAUUCCGACACUCCUGCAAGCCCUCGCCCAACAACGUGAUGCCAGACACGUGAUACGCCAGCCACAGUUGCAGCUAGGUUGCCAGAUACCGGAUAUCGAGCAGAUUCUGCGAACUGUUCGUUCAGCCUGGAACACACCGAACUCACAGCGCUCACACCUGCAAAGUCAAGACAGUCGCGAGUCGUCCUCAUCGAAUUGGGACCUAUCGAGUCAGUGCGAUAGUUACAGCUGCUGCUACCAGCGCUUCAGGAUGGGCGCAGGAACGUUUGCAACCAACUUGGGCAGCCCCGGACCGGGGCUGCUUCGAAGGCGCUACUCCGUCCCAGAGAUCAUCAUGCGCAAGCAUACCCUUGCCCAGCAAAAGACCAGCGAUGAAACGUUGCUCCUGCACGACACCAAUCACAACGUGAUCGAUGUCGUGAACAAGAACGUGCUGGCAGGCGGUCUAAGGCUGAGCCGACCGUACGGUAGCCCCGGGAUAGGCAGUCCCGGCUCCAAGCCCCGGCUGAUCACCGGUGGCUCUACACCCAUGACACCGCACCGGAAGUCACUGGCCCUGCGCCGUACGGCGACGGGUGCGAUGACGGUGAGCCGCACCGAACCGGGCACACGAAGCAGCAGCGUCGAGAGUGGCAUCGGUGUGGUCACCACCAACGGUGAAUGGGGCUCACCGUGCUCACCACCAACGACGCAGGCCAACGGUUUGGAGACGAAGAGGGCGAUGCUGAUUGCAACCGGAGGUUCGGACCCCAACUUGGUCGCUUCGCUGCGCAAGCAGCAGAAGCAACUGUUCCAGUGUGGGUCCGGGGGUGUUGCCAUCACUGGAAUGGGUCCUUGCAGUCCCCUCUGCAAUGGUAUUGGGUCGAGCCGGGCACUAGCUGCCGGCACCGGAGGUAGUUUGCGAUGUAUCAACAACAACAACAUUAACAACUCUCUUAGUGGUAGUAGCUCUAGUAUCAACGGAGUUGGUGCUGGCCUUGCCGGAGGACCUGCUGUCGCCGCCGCUGCUGGUGGUGUUGGUGGUGGUAUUGGUUGUGGUCAUGGUGGUGGUGGUGGGGCCAUCCAUGUGGGCAUGGCACUUCGUGAUGGCGACUAUUCGAUGCGAAAGACGACGCUACUGCGACGCAUGUGGAGCCGAGAGUUGCGUCGAUCGGAGCGCUCCGGUAGCUGGUCACCGCCGGCGCGUCGGCCACCGCGCCGUAUCUACAGCAUCGAAAGCAUAGCACCGCCCGCAAGCGAAGGUCACCGUGCGAUGAUGGGCAGCGACGGUACCGCUAGCCGACCGUCCAGCAGUGGUAGUAGCUGUAGCAGCAAUAGCAGCACCAGCGUCGCCGCCAGAGAGUGCGCAACGACCACGACGGCCACGACGGCGACUACACCCGGCACGGCUGGCUCGUGUCUGGAGUGUGCCAAGCUCGAGCGUCAGUAUCUCGGUGGCUUCGCUGCGGACCAGAGCAGCUCGUCGUCGGUACAGCAGCGAUACGCGAACGAUACGUUGUGCUUCGACGGGGAGCACCGGGCCGGAAAGGGAAACGGAAGUAGCAACGGUGAGCAGGCAACGGUACGAAGGGUGCCAGCGACCGAUCCGACAACGGUCGAUGACCGGUUGCACCAGCGCCGGAUGUGUUCCUCGCAACCCGCUGACCUUGGCGCAAGGGACGUAGUGGUUCCGAAUCCGCAACAAUCGCCCUCAACAUCACCGGUGCAUACAGUUGCUGGUGCUACUGCUACUACUGCUGCUGUUGCUGCUGCUGCACCGCCACCAGCGACCGGCAGUAGUACAACGACCACUAGUGUACUAGUCGAGUUCGAGGGUGACGGUGGUGACGACGUGGACGAGCUAUCGGUCAGCAGUUCCAUCUCAUCCGUUGCCUCUCAAUCGUACCGUGUCACCUCAUCCCGGGUGCUCGAUAACGAGAGUGAGCUGAGUGAGUUUCUACAACAGGAACGGCUUGCCACCGGUGAUGGCGAACCCGUAGUGGCAGCAGUGGACCCCCAAUCAACGGUGACAACGGUAGCAAAUGAUGGCGCUGGAGUUGAGGCUUGGUCGACGAGUGGCGCGACUGUUGGGCACGGUACUCGUCUCGGCCCUGGUCAUACUGGUGCUAGCGAUCAUCCUCGAGAACGUGCUCCGGCUGAUGGUGGCUCUGCAGGAGCGCCAGCUGGAAGAGCAGCAGAUCCGGCAGCAGCCAUCCAACGAUCAGAACCUUCCAACCAAUCCAACGGGGGUACAACGAAUGUAGAAACGGAGUGUGAGGACGUGCACCGAACCGCUAGUGACGUCGACGACCACGACGACGAAGAGGACGAUAGUAGCGUUGCGCUCAGUGCCCUAUCGGAGGACUCGGACAGCGAAAGUGCGGCCAGUAGUGCCAGUGGCAGUGUUGAUCAGGCUCGUGACACCACGGAGCAGCCCAGUGAGGUACCGUUGGUGAAGAAGGCCGAGGCCGGUGGUAAGCUCGACGAGUACAUCUCUCACCUACUGCAGGACAAUUUGAACAAUCACAACGAGGUGAAGGAAGUGGUACCACCGACGGAUACUGUACGCGGUGAUAAGGAAGUAAUAGCCGAUCGGCAGAACAAUAAUAACAACGGGAACAGUAACAGUAACGCUAACGCUAACGGUGACGGUGGUCUCAGUGAAUCGCGUGGACCUUCACGGGCACCCUCGGCCUCGACGAUGAAGCAAAAGCUUACCGGGAAGUACAUUGGUGGUGGUGGCGGUGUGGUUUGUAAUUCUCCUCCGACGGACAAACGGAAGAGCUGCUCGCCAAGCCUCGCGGUCGAUGAGGAUGGUCACGAUCGGCCGGAUGGUGAUGGAGUGGACAAAGAGAACGAAGAGGAUGCCGUUAAUAAUAACAGCAACAGCCGGCGUGAAUCAAAGGGUGGAAAGGGUGAGGAAGUGGGCGAUGAGCGGCAUCGAUCGCGCCAUCGACAGAAGGAUUUGCUGGCGGAUCUGCAGCAGCAGCAGCAACAGCAGGACACGAGGCAUCCGAGUGGCAAGAAAAAUCGCACGAAACCGGGCAACGGGUUCUAUCUGGUGCAACCGCGGAAGGAUGGUGUAACGGGAAGGGAAGGUAGUAUGGCAGCACAGUUCGAUCUGAACGGCAAGUACUACUUCCCCUCGUAUGGUCUGGAGACGGAUCCGUCCGACAACACGGACGUUGCGUCGGAACCGGAGGCCACGGUUCUUAGUAAGGUCGGGACGGGUUCGACGUAUGGUGGCGAAUCGACGACCGGCCUGGCAAGAUCCGUGGUCGUACCCCGGUUCUCCGCAAUGCCCCGUACCGAAUCGAUGGAAGUGCAACCGUCCUCGAACACUUCGGCCGAAGAUGAGUACGAUGAUCCGCGCAGUGGAAAUCGCAGUCGACCGCGGGAUGGUGAGGUGUCCGAUUCCGACGAUAGUCUCGUCGAUAGCCUGGAUGGUUUUGAGGGUGUCUCGAUGACCAAGGUGGCACCCGUGGGGGCUACCCGAGGAAAGCGCAGCAAGGACAGUAAGGCGAUCGCGGCGGAACGAACGACGACGGACACGGCGACGGCGAGUUCCGUGGAUAAAUCACCACGGCACGAGAAGGGUGAGGCAUUCUUUGUGCCGAUCCAGGACAGUGCCCGGUUGAAGUUGAUCGACGAACGGGUCAUUGUGGCCGAUACGAUGCCACUGAAGAUUAAGGAACGGCUCAACAAUCGUCGGCGAUUGAUGAAGUGGAAGCAGGAGCAGGAGAAUCUGAAGAAGCAGCGCAAAAUGAAGCGUAUGAUCGAGCAGAAGCGAUUCUACGGUGAACCGGCGAUCCAGGUGAUCAGUACGAUCGAUAAGUCAAUCAGCCGUAAAGAGUUCAUUCCACCGGAGAUCAAGAAGACGGUAUUUGGUGCGCGAGGAGCCGAAGCUGCCGGUAGCGCGGGACCUACACCGUUCCGAGCGAUGAAACCGAAGAAACGCACCACCGAGGGUGCCGCACUGCGAACCGAGCUGGGUAUGCUGGAAUCGUACAAGAUCGAUGGAAAGGGUAACAUGCAAAUCCAGACACCGUCCACUGCUACUACGGAGCGUGGAGCAGCUGCUGGCAACGGUGCGGGUGCGGGAGCGGCCAGUGGACGAAAGCCGAAAGAAUCACAAGCCAAGAGCCCGUGGGGUGGAACAGCCGAACGGCGUCAGGCUACUAAACCGACCACUGGCCACAGUAGCAGUGGUGCACCGACUACGGCAUCCUCGACACUUCCCUCAACGAGAGGCCGAACGACCGGCGGUAGUGGAAGGACACCGGCGGCCGAUAAGGUACGCCGCAAGCAGGUACUGAAGGAUGUGCAGCAGAUGACGCUGUACCCCCAGGCUGACCUUACGCCCGAUAUUGAGGGUGGUCCUCGGCGGAUGUACCAGAAGACGGAAAUCCAGGAAGGUGAUAAACACAUUGAAAUCCUCGAGAUCGUUGAGUGUGCCGAUAGUGCACCGCGCAGCGUAGGUCGUAGCUCCAGUCGACCCUCCGCCGUACGGGUGCGAAGUGCUGGCCAUGGGGGUCGACAUGGUGGAAGCGGUGGAAGCAAAUCGAACCGCUCCCGGAUACCGGUGCCGGUGUACCGGUUCGGGCAGUAUCGCCGCAGCAAUCAUUCACGCGAAGGUAGCCCACUAUCGGGCAUGAAUCCAAAGAUCGACCGGAUGAUCGCCGAUCUGCUGCUGCAGGCACUCUCCAAUCCGGACGAGGGUGGGGUGAAGUUUGUGAAAACUCCGGAAAAUCUGCGCGACACAAGCAAAUCCUCGAAACGAUCGUCGACGGCCACCGGCAGUGGUUCAUCGAAGAAGGAAAAGAAGAGUUCCGGUACUGGCGGAGGAAGCACUAGUACUACUACUACUGGCGGUAGUAGCAGUAACACAUUGUCCACUCCACGCCGUACAGCCAGCGGCAAGUACACGCAAAAGUUUGAAGUAAUUCCCGAGGAACGGUCGAGCGUUUCGAUCGAUUCGUCGACCGAGGAACUGUCGUCCUCGUUGGCGCGCAAGAAAGCCCACCACGCCUCACCGCGCCGUGUCAGUUUCGACGAGAACCACCAGAUUCUGAACGUUGACGAGCUGCUAGAUUCGGCUAAAACGAGUGCCGGAACGAGCCCACUAGCGAGCGCCGGAACGACGCCGGUGCAUACCGGUGGAAAACUGGCUGUACCGAGUCCUUCGAAGCAAUCGGCAUCGCCGAAGCUACAGUCACCGGUCGCUUCGCCCCGUAAGGUGGCCACGUCACCCGCCAAGAGUCCCCACAAAGUGGCGCCCCGCAAGGGCACUGGAGCCGUGACCACAACCGGUGGCAACAACAACCAAAACAACACCACCACCAGCCGCGGCAAGGCAGCGAUCCAGAGCGACGUCAUCGAGGAGCGGGGAUGGAUUGGGUUCAGCACCCAGCACGAGGAUAUGGCCACCCCGGUCAAUGGGCACGACGAUGAAGCAGCAACCGGCGCGCGGUACAGCGCGUCCUCGUACCUGCACCCUAGAAGCGUAGUGAAGACAAUCACCACCGGUAACUGUUCGGUGCCGGUGGCGGUACAUCAUCGGACCAGCAGUACGGUCGAUGGUGGACCGGAAAUGGAUGACAAUCCUCGUAGCACAAACCCCCCACUACCUCUGACUGGCAGCGAGAUUGCUGCCUAUGAGCCGGACUGCAACUGCCAUUCUGGCCAUGAAAGUUCUAACGCUGUAUCUGGUGAUGGUAUUUCGGUGGCAUUCAUUGCUGGACUUGAUGCUGAUGGCGACGACGACGAUCGUUCAGAUACGGAAUCAUUCGUGACGGACAGUCUCAAUACGAAGGCAUCGCCCUCGAUGCACAGCUACUCGAACCAACCGAGGCUCACUCAGGAGAGCGAGCUGGGUAGCAGUGAGAGACGGCUUGAUCGACACCAGCUGGCAACGACGCCCGUAACGACCGUGGUCGAGAACCGCCAAACCGUACGAUCAUGCCACCGGACGGGGCACAACAUCGGGGAUUGUGAUCUCCGGUCAACGGCCGAUUCGGUGAAGGAGGUAACGCCCCAGCAUCAGCAUCAGCAGGAGCACGCUCUUGCCGGUGUUUAUGAUUCCGAUCUCGUCUCGUACCAUCAGCAUCCUUCGUCUCCUCCCUACCAUCACCAGAUACGUGAGGAGAACGCAUGGCACGUGUACCAAACGGGCGACUGUAAGGUGAUCCAGUCCAAGAUCGAGUACUACGAAACGUCGAUCCACCGGACGCCCGUGACAGCCGGUGGCACUCAUCAACAUCAUCAGCAUCACUACGGUAGCAGUGGUGGCGGCGGUCGAACUGAUCUGUUCGGACCACUCGUCGAGCAUGGCCGUAGUCCGGAUUCGUUGCUGCGAGGUCUAUCGACGGCCGAUUCGCUUGAGGUGGCUGCAUCUCAGCACCAGCGCGGUUUGAUGGCCAGUCUGCUUGCCCCUGGAUUGAAUCAUUGCGGCACUACGUUAAGCAGUGCCGAACCACCGAAGACGUCCGAAACGACGUGCAGUUCGUGCUGCUUCUGCAAUCCCGAGCUCCACAGGGCUAACGGAGCGGGCACUGUACGUAUACCUCCCGAGACCUGCUUCUAUUGCCACGCGAAAACACAAUCACCCAGCAAAGCCUUCCCGGCGCCACCGACGCCACCGAACAUACAGACCUCACCAGUACCGCCUUCGCCUCAGACUCCGAUCGCGGAGCUCACACCGACCCCUUCGUUGCUGGACAUUAAGCCACCGCAACUGCGCACAACCGGCCAGGCAGGGAAGGCGCUCUCUACGAACGUCACGUCUGCCAAGGUGAUGUCGACUACAACGACGACGACGAAUGGAGGAAGCGAUAACCGAGCCGCCGGUAGUCUUGUGGCUGAAACAAUGAAAAAGACUGAUCAUACGCACACGAAAAUCAAAGCCAAAGCCUCUGAUACGGUCAGCACGCGGUGCACCAGA